GAAUCACUCCAGAUUUGGCAACCUAGUAAUCACACUGACUCCAGCUGCCCUAUCUGUCUCCAGACAGCCACUCUGCCAGUAGAAACCAACUGUGGACAUUUAUUCUGCGGUUCCUGUCUGAUCACAUACUGGAAACAUAGUCCCUGGUUAGCAGCAAUAACGUGCCCUCUCUGCAGACAAAAGGUGGUUCUUCUGGAUAACAUCUCUUGUGAAAAGCAACGAGAUAAGCCAAGUAAACAAAUUGCACACGACAUCCGAGAAUACAACAAGCGUUUCUCAGGGCAGCCUCGACCUUUUGCAGAUUACCUUUAUGACACACCAUUAUUCCUGACUCUUGCCUUGCGAGGAAUCUUCACCUGGGGUGGUCUCGUAUGGAUUUUUUUCCUAAGAGUUGCUGUUUGCUCCUUUGGAACAAUCAUAUGCUUGUCUUCUCCAUUUGACACGAAGCCUGGGCCUCUCUGUAGGACACUCGGAGCAGCUGAUGACAUGGUGGUUGUUUCCCUUCUUUUAAUUUCCAUGAUCAAUAUUUGUCAGCAAAUUGCAACUAAUGGAGUAAAUAUGGCAAGGUCUGCAGCUCCAAGCGUGCUGUCAGAGUCCUGA